GCGCGAAAGAAAAGUCCGUCCGUUGCAACUCCAGCCAUGGUGGGAAGGGCUCAGCCCGAUCGGAGACAAUUCCCGCUGGUCCUACUGAGAUUGCUCUGCCUUCUCCCCACAGGGCUGCCGGUCCGCAGCGUGGAUUAUAACCGAGGUACCGACAACAUCACGGUGAGGCAGGGGGACACAGCCAUCCUCAGGUGUUUUAUAGAAGACAAAAGCUCCAAGGUGGCCUGGUUAAAUCGCUCAGGCAUCAUUUUUGCUGGUCAAGACAAGUGGUCCCUGGACCCCAGGGUAGAGCUUGAGAAACGCACUCCUCUGGAAUACAGCCUCCGAAUCCAGAAAGUGGACAUCUAUGAUGAGGGAUCGUACACAUGCUCAGUGCAAACACUGCAUCAUCCCAAGACUUCCCAGGUUUAUUUGAUUGUUCAAGUUCCACCAAAGAUCUCCAAUAUCUCUUCGGAUAUCACUGUGAAUGAAGGCAGUAAUGUGACCCUGGUAUGUAUGGCAAAUGGACGCCCAGAACCUGUCAUCACCUGGAGACACCUCACCCCUACAGCAAGAGAAUUUGAAGGUGAUGAAGAGUUUUUGGAGAUCCUGGGGAUAACGCGAGAGCAAUCGGGCAAGUACGAGUGCAAAGCCGCAAAUGAAGUUUCCACAGCAGAUGUCAAACAAGUCCGAGUCACUGUGAAUUACCCUCCCACCAUCACGGAAUCCAAGAGCAAUGAAUCCGCUACAGGACGACAAGUUUCGCUCAAGUGUGCAGCCUCGGCUGUGCCUACGCCCGAUUUUGAGUGGUACAGAGAUGACACAAGGAUAAAUAACGCCAAUGGUCUGGAGAUUAGAAGCACGGGGAGCCAGUCCUACCUGACGGUGGCCAAUGUCACUGAAGAACAUUAUGGCAACUACACUUGUGUGGCUACGAACAAACUGGGAAUCACAAAUGCUAGCCUAUUUCUUUACAAGAAAAUAUUACCCACACUCCCCAAUCCUUUUCCAGGACCUGGUACAGGGAUUGCAGGCAGUGGAUCAAUGUGUCUGGCCGUACCACUGUGGCUGCUGGCAGUGUCCCUGCUCUGCCUACUCAGCAAAUGUUAA